GACAUUCGGAGUCCUAUCCUACCGUUCAGGUACUCCUUUCAGGACAUUUGUGGCCCUACCCUACCGUUCAGGUACCCCUUUCAAGACAUUUGAGGCCCUGCCCUACCGUGAAGGUCAGGUGCACUUCCCCAAUUCCAUAGCUCCGCAGCCGAGCAUAAGCGACAAAGACUGA